UCUCAUUUCUAAAUUAAAGUCUUCCAUCCUUCCUGAAAAUCAUUGCAUAGUUUCUCAACUUACAGUCAUCAGAUAAUUUUGUAUAUAUCUCCAUAAUGGCCGCCUCACCCAACAAUAUUACCAUAGUUUUACUUGGGCGUACUGGUAAUGGAAAAAGUGCAACUGGCAAUUGCAUUCUUAAAAAGAAUGCCUUCAGAUCGAAACGAAGUUCUAAUUCAGUUACAAAGACUACUCAGAUGAACACAUCUGUUCUUCAAGAUGGCCGCACUGUGAAUGUCAUUGACACACCUGGAAUGUUUGAUUUUGCGCUUGGGGCUCAAAUUAUUGAAAAAGAGAUUGUUAAGUGUAUUGAUCUUGCAAAGAAUGGGAUCCAUGCAAUGCUUUUCGUCUUUUCCAUUAAUAGCCGUUUUACAGUAGAGGAAGAAGCUGCAGUUCGAGUCAUAAAAGGUCUCUUUGGACAUACAAUUACAGAUUACGUGAUUAUUGUUUUUACUGGUGGUGAUAUGUUAGAUGAUGACACUGAUGAGGGACUCAAGGAAUAUUUGGAUGAAUGUCCCAAGCCUUUGCAGGAAAUUCUUCAACAAUGUAAUAAUCGAGUGGCACUUUUUGAUAACAAGACUAAUGAUCCAAAUAAGCGGGAACUGCAAGUUUGCAAAUUGAUUUCCCUUGUAGACAAGGUCAUUAAGGAUAAUGGAGGACAGCCAUAUACAAAUGAACUUUUUAUUAAAUUACAGAAAGAAAUUGCCUCGCAACAUAAGCAAUUUGAAAUUGCGUCCAAAGGGAAAACUGAAAAGGAGAUAUCAAUGAUGCAAGAGAAGAUGCAGAAGGGAUAUGAGGAACAACUCAAACAAGUGACUGAAAUGCUGGAGAAGAAGUUCGAGGAUACAAUUUCUCAGCUUCAAGAAGAACUGAAACAAGAAAAAGUUGCACUAUCCAAAGCAAUAAAACAAGCACAAAUGGACAGACAAAAAUCGGCCGGGGAAGUCAGAAAUCUUGUCCAGGAGUUGACGGAGUUAAGGAAGGAGAAGGACCAAUUUCUGAAAAAAGUUGAAAAGAUGAAUAAGAGUGAUGAUGAAUGCGCCUGUGUGGUGUCAUAAUGAGUUUGGGAGCUUUUAUAUUUAUAUAGAGAGAGAGAGAAAGACUAAUAAGACCAUAAAAGGAGGCAAGAGCCAUGUAUGGUACAAUAUGUGUUUGAAUUUAGGGACACCUAUCAAGUUUAAAUAGGUGUGAAACAAUAUUGGAAACAGGGGGUGAUGUAUCUAAAUAUUUUAUGCCAGUAAUGUAAUAGGGCCUAUCUUUUUACUAGAAAGGAAAGAGUUAUGAAGCUUGUUGACUA